CCCCCCCGCAGGCCGCCCGCCGGCGCCAUGCCGAGCCCCCGCAGCAGCCGCGGCGGGCGCCCGGAGUUCCUGUCCCUGAGCCAGCGCGGGCCCGGCGCCCCCGAGAGCCCGUCCCGGCGCAGGGAGCCCGCGGCCGCCCCGCUGCCCGAGGAGGACUGCAUGAAGCUGAACCCGUCCUUCGUGGGCAUCGCGCUCAGCUCCCUGCUCGCCAUCGACCUCUGGGCCUCCAAGCGCCUCGGGGUGUGCGCUGGGGAGGGCUCGGCCUGGGGCAGCGCCCGCCCGCUCAUGAAGGUCAUCGAGGUGUCGGGGCACGGCAUCCCCUGGCUGCUGGGCACCUGCUACGGGCUGUGCCACACUGACAGCUCGGCCGCCCGCGAGGUGCUGCUCAACCUGCUCUUCGCGUUGCUGCUGGACCUGGUGAUGGUGGCGGUGGUGAAGGGGCUCGUCAAGCGGCCGCGGCCCACGCACAACAAGAUGGACAUGUUCGUCACCAUCUCGGUGGACAAGUACUCCUUCCCCUCGGGCCACGCCACCAGGGCCGCUCUGGUCUGCCGCUUCGUCCUGCGCCACCUGGUCCUGGCCGUGCCGCUGCGCGUGCUCGUGGUGCUCUGGGCUCUCAUCGUCAGCAUCUCCCGGGUCAUGCUGGGCAGGCACAACAUGACGGACGUGCUCUUCGGGCUGCUGCUGGGCUACGCGCUCUACGGCGUGGUGGAGCACUGCUGGCUGUCCCCGGCCACCGCGCCCGCCCUCUUCGCGCUCUGGAGCCGCUGACCGCCUGCUGCCCCGGCACCCAGCAGGGGCCCUGUGCUGGUGUUCUGAGCGCGCACGGGAGGGGAUUGAGGGGCUGAGCUGGCAUCCUGACCCCCAUCAGCCCGGCCAAGACUUCCACACGAGCGGUGCUGCAGGCUCCAGGCCUGCACUCAGAUGUCCGGUGCUGUCCUGCCGGCUGUCGGGCAGGGUCUGCGCUGGCUGUUCUCUGGUGACCAAAAGCAGUCUCUGCAGAGCCUGGGGAGGGCUCAGCACACCCCUCCGGCAGCUCACUGCUAAUACUGUGAAUCUGCAUGCUCUCGCUGGGCACCUGCCAUAGCCCAUGGCGUGUGUGGUAGCUGUGACUCUGCAGAGGUUUCUCUGCAGUGACCCUUGUAUCUGUAUCCUAUAAAUACACUGAUCAUGCUGCUGUUGUAAGCAUACCCUGCACAGCCUGCUCUACAACACCUGCCUGGAGGGGACCCACAGGGCUCUGUCCUCAGACAGAGCUUUGCCUCCCUAAGCAGUCUCUUCCCUAUUGCUCUCAUUUAAGUGCUGCACUAAUGCUAGAUGUGGAGCCCACGGCCCCCAGAGUCAUUGGGAAAGGAUGGCACUGAAGGGUUGGUCAUUCUGUGGCCAACAGGGUGAGCAGCUCCCAGCAGCAGCCUGCUCCUGAAGCUCUUGUCCAGAGCUUCCCAAAUCCUUUUUCCCUCCACAGGCUUUUCAGUAUUCCAGGCUGCAGAGAGUCCUGCAGAGCCAGCCCCUUCCCAGAGCCAAGAAAUACACCCAGCCCCAGGUCUGAGCCUUGCUUGCACCUCCUGCAGCCAGAGGCCUGGCUCUGCCAACCACGGCCACGGCUCCCUGUGCUCCAGGCAGGCUGGCUUUCCUCUUCUGGCACCACCGGCAGCCUGUUUUUCACAAAGGGCUGCUGGUCCUUGGCAGGAGGGGAACACAAGGAGCCUCUAUAAUGAGCUGGGGCUGAGACUGAGCCAGAAAAUCAGAGCACACUUCAGCAGGGACCACAGCCAGGUAGGGAGUGAGGGCUCUAGACUGGGCUCAAAUAAUCAACAGUGCUUCUGGCAUGUGGCUAAAGGGAUUGGGCCCAGGUGAGGCUCUUUGUGGUCAUUGAGGUCUAUUAGUGCACACUGGCUCUGGAAAGCACCAAUUAAAUCAUAUUAAAACCAG